AUGUAUAACAAGGAGGCGUUGCAGAGGCACCCGACUCCAGACACAUGCUGUGUACGAGAUGAGUCCACAAAAGGAGCCGUUCAAACUCGUGAGUAUAUCUACAAUUUGCUGGCUCAACAGACAAGCGCAGUAAACAGUCAGAAAAGAUUGCCGAGGAUACGACCGCGUAGGACGUCACCACCACCACUACCGGAUGCAGUGCCAAAAGCGCCACACAAAACCAUGGGUCCACCUCCGCAUCCCCAUCCAGAGGCAAUUCAACCCCCACAGAAAGCACCUUUUAAGCCGAAGCACUGGAGAACACCUUUUAUGGACAGACAGUGUGUGAAGGAGAAAGUGAAACUUGAUAAGAUUGCCUUUGAGAAGCUGAAGUUGGAUAAACCAACUGGCCGUGUUAAAGAUGCUUGUUGUGCUGGAGUGAGACCACCGAUCCCUCCCAAUCCGCAUGGUGAAUCGAUUCAAUGUCGUGAGCUUCCAAAUCGUACCAACUGGAUCGAGCGAAAUGCCAUAAAGGCAAUCACGAGUAAACCGGGUUAUCGCGUAUUCAAUGCUGAUAGGAAGAUGAUUGUUGACACGAGGAGGGGAGACAAACAAGCUCUAGUCUCGAGUAAGACACACUCGGGGUUGGAGAAACGAUACGUCUAUAAACCGACCUUUGGGAGGGUGCCAAGGUACCUCAGACAACGCGCUGAGGCUAUAGCUGACACCCGAGCAGCCUAUUCACACUACUUAAAUGAGAAGGAGUUACAGCGGACUGAUUAUAUGUUGACAGAGAAAGAACGCCAAGAUUUAUUGAAUGGGCUAAAGACGGCGUGGGAUGAGUACAAUGCAAAGUAUCUGGGGUUGUCAGUGAGUAGAAGCGGUGCAAAGCAAAAGUCCUACGGUGACUUCUUGGAGAAGCAGUUGGCAAGCCUAGAACGCGACAUAGAAAUGAUUGAGAGUCACCCUUACAUCUUUAUUGAUGCGGAUAAGACACCCGGAGUGGGCGGAGCUGUGACUAAUGAUAUUCAGGUUUAA